CGAUGAUGGCGGUCGAUAUUUAAUUUUUUUUUCUUCUGGUGGCGUGCAGCGGUCGCCGGCAACCGGAGUUUUCCGUGGAACGGCACAUCUGUAACACGCUUUUGCACGCCGAGUAAAGCCGACAAUAUUAUUAUAUUUGAUUUUUUUUUUCGUUUGUCUUUCUCUUCGAAAAAUCAAUGAUUCUUUCGAUAGGCCGAACGGAUUUUCGUGUUUUAUAAUAUUCUCGGAUACCUACCGACAUAACAUACAUAGUACGUUCAAUAGCUCGGUGGUUCGUUCGGUUUUAGUAAUUUCAAUAUAAUAAUAUAUAGGUACCUGUAACCUGUGCAACAUAUUUGAAGACGAACAAAAAUGAUGUUCAACUGUGAAGUAAACAAAAAACUCCUGCUUAUGAAAAUAUGUUUUUUCCUGUACGAUUUCGGUAAGUAAAAAAAAAAAUUAAAUUAAAAACAUUUUUUUUAUAUAUAGUUACAUAUAUACAUGUUUAUUAUUGAAUAUAAAAAAUACAAAUAAUGAUAAAAAUAACAAUAUAUAUAUGUAAUAUAUGCAAGACAAUUAAAUAAAUAUAUUUGAAAAACAAUAAAACAAAGCCUUGAGUGUUAUAAAAGUCAAUAUACGACAGAUUUCGAUUAAAAAAAAUAAAAUAUAUCGUCAGGUAGGUAAAACAACAAAGACGAAUAAAAUUCGUAGAGGAAUAUAAAAUCAAAAAAGGGAAAUGCAUAGAGUAAAUUGCUAUUUUAUAAAGGGAGUAAACCAAUAUUAUAUUAAAAGAGACUACGAUAAACGCAAUACGAUGACAUAGAUUCAAACAAUUUUAUUAUUAUCUAAAAAUUAUUACUACCUAUAGAAUAUAAUUUUAAAAAUCUGUCCGUAGAUUGAAAAUGUUUUUAAACUUGUUUUCCUUAAUCUCAUUAUAAUAGUAUUAUGCAACUAUUCCAAAAAAAAAAAAAUUAAUAUAUUUAAAUAAUGUUUUUUAUUUUAUUUAUAUUUUUUAUAUUUGAUAUAUUUUAUUGAGUACCUUGUAAUCUGAAACAACUUUAGUUUUGUUUUGUUCUUUUUAUAAUAAGUUUUUUGGAGUUUAAGUUUUCUGUAACCGUUUUGCGGCUGCAGUAUUAACGAUUUUAGUUAUCGUAUAAAAUUGAAAACAUACUUACCUACCUACCAACCAACCACUUUUUGUUUAUACACAAAGAACGUAAGUUCCUACCUCUGUCGUGCGUUUUAUUUAUGUAUACGUACAUAUUUGUUCGGGACUUAAAAAAUAUCUACUAGUGUUACUACUUCCCCUUCUCUAUUUGUUAUGUAAAAAAAAUUCUCUAGUGAAAUUGACCAGUUUUUUUUUUUUUUUAAUGUUACGAACAACAAAUUUAAUUAUUACGGUUUUAAAAGCGUCGUCGUGAAAAUAUUAUAAUAAAAUAACAUAAGUAGCUUGUAAAUAUUUGUAUUCUUUUAUAUUGUAUUUUUGUCGAAUUUUCCCCGAAAAGAUUAUUGCACUGUAGAUAUUUACACUGUAUUAUGUCUGUUAAUGUACUCAGUGUACAAAUCUAAAGAGCAUUUAAGCCCCCCUGAAUUCAAUAAUUUUGGCAUUUGAGAAUAUGUUGAACAUGCAUGACGGUGUCGAGAAAAAAGGAUGUGCCUUUUGAGAGUUUCAGCUUUCAACCAUUUUUAUGCUCAAAUUACACGUUUACACAAGAAAUACUGGGUUUUAAAUGUUUCCAUAGACCUAAAUUAAAGGAAUUUAUUUUAGGUAAAUUAUAUUGAAAAAAAGAGUUGUUAUUGAGGACAGAUGUGCCACUGUUGUAGGUGCGAAGCAGUGGCGCAAUUAUCGGUAGUGUUGGGUGUGCAAUUUUUUGGGGAGCCCCGAGAUCUUAUGUACGAUAUUCCUACUAUUCUUCCUAUAGACUUAUCUUAUUUUUUUUUUUUCAUUUUAAUAACAAAAUUUCAGAAAAUAGUGAUAAACAUGAUUCAGGUUAUUAGUAUCAAAUCGCUACAGAAUGGAAACAUUACAUUUGACAUUACAUACCGUUGCAUAUCCUUAUGAACCGCUAGAUUUUAUUCUCUGUUAUCCAUCGUCUUAAUGUGCCCCCCUCUCCCCUACACAUUAUAUUAUUUGUUUUAAUAACAAUAAAUAAUAAUGUCUUUACUCUUUUGAGUUUAGAUAAUUUGAAUUACGAUUUACGAGUACCUAUGUGAGGAACCUGUGUACCGUAUAGCCAUAUACGUUAUAGAUACCGGACAUCAAAAUGCGAGUUGGUAUAGAGUAUAUAGACUAUAAUUGAAACUUCUUAUAUUAUCAUACAUAAUUAUGUUAGUGUGUAUAAGUGUAAGUAAUUUAUACAACUAAUAAUUAUUAACUAUGACAUGUAAAAAAAUAAAAUUUUGUAGGGUUAUAAUAAUAAGGUAUGAGUAUAAAAAGCAUUAUUUUCGUAAAUUUAUCUAUUCGGUCUACGUUUUUUUUUUUCGGUUUUGCUCAAUUAUCAAAAAAACUACUGUGAAAAUCAAAAAACGACUCUUUUACUCACCAAUCUACAUAAAAAAAGUAUAUUUUCGUUUUUCCAUUGGAACAAUAUUUCUGGUAAAAAACUUAAGUUGCAAAAAUUAAAAACAAUAAAUCGGUAACGAACGUCGCGGCGAGCCGUGAAUAUUCGUCAUUUUGUCUAUAAUUUUCUUCUCAGUUUUUCCUAAUUGAAAACUUACAAGGAAAUCUAAAAAUGAUAUAAUAUUUAAUGCACCAAUUAGAUAAAAUUUUCUUUCAGAAAAAAUGCUACAUUUAAUAUAUCAGAGCAAGAUUUCUGGUUGAAAAGUUGUUUACCUGCACAAAAAAAAAAAAAAAUUUAAAAAACACAUCAUAUAGUAAAACCAAUAGAUCCCUCGCUACGCUUCGAAUCUAAAAAAAAAAAAAAUGAAACUAUUUAACGGUGACAAUAAGUCGUCUAUGGGAAAAUUCGACUCAUACUAUAUACUCUAACCUGAUUUACAACAUUUUCAAAACACUAUGUAUCGGCGUCGAAUAACUAUUACAUUUUCAUUGCGUUUCAAUAAAACCAUAACAAUACACUGAUAUAUGAAAAGUAUAUACGGGUACGAAAAAUAAAAUAAAAUAUUAUCAUUUUUGUGUUUAGAAGACAACAAUGAUAUGAUAUAUCAUGCUCAAUUGGAAAAGAAAUUAGAAAUAUUAAUUUGGUCCAGUACGUUGUUAAUAGAGCAGAUAUAUGUAAAAUAUGUCCUAGAACCUUGGUGCUGAUAUACACUAAAAAUACCAAAAUAUACUCUAAAAUAGUAAAAAAUCAUAAAAAAAGCUGCAAAAUAAAAUUGCGUAAAUAUAUUCGAUAGUUUACGAAACAAAUUUUAGUAUAAAUUAGCUCAUUUUUUUGACCAAUAAAUAAAAAUAUGUAAAAUCAUAUGAAGAUCCGUCCUAAUAACUUAUUAAUAUUACAGGAGUAUGUUGCGGGAUCAUCGUUAUAUUUUUGUACGUUAUUCUUUUUGUUUUACAAAAAAUUCAUAAUUUUUCUGACCUAAUAUUUGUGACAUUUGUUUUACCCAUACCCGUAUAAAAGUUUGAAAAAAAAAAUAGUUUAAUUAAGUAAAUAAGUUAUAUAUGGAUUUGCCGAAACAUUAACCGCGCUCAUUAAGAUCAAAUAAACGCAGCUAAAUUUAGGCGUAUCGAUAAUUUCCACGCGAUGAAAAAAAACAAUAAAUGGCUAAUUUUCAAAAUUUACAUAAUAUACUAUACACUAAUUAUUAUUAUUAGGCGUAUAGGUAAGUGGUGUACAUUUUACCAAUUUUUUUUUUCCGCAGUUUCUAAAGCGGCCGCGGGUGACCCCCUAAUAGUUUUCAAUGUUUUCUGCAUCGGCACGAGUGUAGAAACUUGCACACUUUUGUGUAGAAGUACAACAAAAAUAAAUAAUAAUAAUAAUAGAAAAUAGAAUUGGCUGGCGAAAACCGUUUGAAAAUAUCGAGUAGUAUAAUAUAAUUUUACCGGAUCGAAACAAUAAUUUCAUUCGAGUAUAUAACGUUAAACGAGUCUAACGUUCUUCGUUCAUAAACAUUAUUUCGGCUACAUUUAAACUUCUACAAAAAUAACCUUUUUAUCUGAAUUUAGACAUUAGUGUAACUCCUACAUUGUUAUUUAGUAAUUGUUCAAAAUAGAUGAUGCAUUUCCAACACAAACCUUUACAUUAUUAAGUUUGGAAUAGGUAAUCUUUACUGAAUAUUACAACACAUCUUACAUACUACUAGUAGAUACUUUUAGUAUUUAUGUUAGUUUUUGUUUUGUUUCCUGACAUAUAUAAACAAACAUACAGCUUAUUAUUUUCAAAAAUAAACGAAAUGUGUUCGCAAAAUAAUUUAUUAUUCUCACCAUUUACAAUAAUAUCUAACUUCGAAGUUUCCAUUCAUAAUUCAAUUAGAAAUAUUUGGUCAACAGCGGAAAUUAAAGUGGUUGUAAUUUUAAUUUGUGCCAAAUUAGUCCAGAAAAACCCAACAAUGAGACCUAACGAAUUGCUACAACAAUAAUGAAUCUGAAAUUGGAAAGUUCUUAGUACAUACUUUUGGUUUACCAUUUUUAAAUGCCGAUGAUUUAGAGAAUUUUGAUUUAUUAGAAAAUAAACCAUCCGACGAUUAAAUUUAACAGUGUUGCGACUAUUAACCUGACUGAAAAUUACAUGUUUUCGAUUCAGUUUUUCUUCCAAAAUUUUGGUCUAAUAAUGAAAUAACAAUUGUUUCAUUCUACAUUUAACCGUAAUUUUUAUCAUCGCCAUCCUAAUUCACAUUUAUUUGUAAACGUUUUACUAAAUAUACAGACAGUAACCUACGUACAAAAUAGAAGCAGUGACGGUACACGGCUUAAGCGGAUAAAAAUAAUUACAAAAUAUGAGUACAUAAAUGAGCAAAAAAUAAAAUACGAACAAGGAAAAUUUCACGGUAUGGCUUUAUUAAAAGGGAGUGUUAUAGAAAAAAACGUAAAUAAAUUAGUAAUCAUUACUGAUUUUAAUCAUUUAUAAAACGAAUGUACAAUAAUAUUUUGAAUUUUGUAAUUUAUGCAUUUUUACAACUACCUCUAGUGUAGAAGUUAACACUGUCAAUGUUGGAAAUGAACUACUUUUAUAGGAGUUUACCAUCCUAUAAUAUUUUAGUAACGUUAAACAAUAUAUAUUAUGCUUUUAAUUUACAUUCUGAACACUGAUCUGCGACACUGUACACUGUGUAUGCACUUGCAAGAGUAUAAAGUCGACGUUCUAUCAUCAGUGACGACACAAUUUGUCGGGCACAAUAAAAAGGUUAUUUUUCAUUAUCAAUUCACUGUAAUCAACGCAUUAUUAUUUAUUACCAUAAUACACCUUAUAUUAUAAUAUUAUGUCAUAUUAUGCACCAAUAUCGAGAGGAAAUAUUAUCUGUUAAAACUAUCGCAUAGUUGUUUAUACAUCUCUCGUUAAAACAUACGAGUGUUAUACGAUACAUGUAUGUAAAUCAUCUCGAUACUAUACGAUUAUAAUAUAGAAUAGUCCGCGGAUCAAGUAUUAACGUUUUCGAAUGUUUUAAUAUAGCAACAGUUUUUUUUUUUUUUUACAAAUCGUUAAUAUUUUUACAAUUAACAAGUCUUAACAAUUCUUAACAAAUCGAUUAGUUUUAAUUUGUAUAUUAAGGGAAGUAUAUGCGCGUGAUCUGUUUUUUAAUUUUGCUUUAAAUAUAUACUCUACAAUAAAAACCAAAAUUAUCUGGUGUAGAACAUGUUUUUCUUUUGUCGCAACGAGGAAAACUUUCUACAAACUUAACCUUUUUAUUAUAUAAUCGAAAACCACCAACAGAUAUCCGUUUUGGAAAAUUUUAAAAAUUGGUAGUUUUCAAACUCUAAUUUAUAGCGUUUAUAGAAGUAUGAUGUUUAAAAUUCCAAGUCCAAUGCACACUUUGUAAGAAGUUUUCCUACUUCAACCAAAAAGAAAAGACAAUCGAAAUAGGCAAUUUUUUUUUUAUAUAAAGCGUGUUUUUGAGCCAAAAACAGGUCGUUCGCAGGUCCCAUAAUACUGAAAGGUAAAUUAAUUUGCAUUGCAUAUAAGAACACUAAUCUAUUAGGUUUAUUGAAAUUAAUGAACACCAUAAUGUAUAGCGUACCCGAUAAUAACAAAUUAAACGAUUGAAGAAACUUUGACCUAACCCAGAAGGCCGUACAACGUGUUCAGACAAAUAUAACUAACGAAAUGAUAUGAUAUGGAGUUUUUAGAUUUUGAGAUUAACGAAAAAUGUACUUGUAUUAGUUUUGCUAAACGAUGUUUAUUUUUUUUUCAAACAUUUUAUUUAUCUUCAAUCAGCAUCUAGUUAUGUAAUAACGUCAACUUAUUUGUUAAUAUAUAUAUAUAUAUAUAUAUAUAUAUAAUAAAAAAAGAACGAGAAAUUUUUGUCUGUAGACAAUUUUUAGUCAAGAAAUCUUACUUCAAUCGUAAAUUCCAAUUGUGAUUUGUGGCAGAACAUUUUGUUGAGUUAGUGUUUUUUAGAUUUUUCUUAUGUUUUUCGGGAUAUAACCAGAAAAAAAUGAAUAUUUACGCAAUAAUGCUGUUUCUGUUGAUUACGAUUUUGUUUUCAUCCAGUAAGAAACGUGAUAAUUUCACUUAAUAUUUGUAAAUCAGAUGUUAACGUGGUAAAAUUUUCGAAAUACUAUUCUGACGUUUAUUUAUAGUUGAAAAUGUAAAGUUUUUUUAGGGAUUCAGAACUGUGUUGCUUCGAUUAAAUGCUCAACAAUUUGAUACAAGGCUUAUUGUAAGUUGUAGGUACUAUAGGUAGUAAAAAAAUAGAGUUCAGCGUAAUUUUAUGUUAAUAUAUAUAUACAUAUUUUUAUUAAGUAUUAAAAAAAAUGAAUUAAAAAGUACCUAAAAGUACCUACUAUUCAAAUUAAUAUAUAUUAUAACUGUACAUAGCGUAUUCAAAUAAUUUGUUUAAAAAUAUUUUUCAAAAGACUGUAUUAUAAAUUAAUAACAGAAAAAAUAUUGAUAUUUGUUUUUAAACCGGUAUACCUGUUCUUGACAACUGGUGGUAUAAGCACUACGAGGAAGUGCGUACAAUGUAAGAACAGAAAGAAAUGAAAAAGUUAUAAUUCCAACCGGCGACGGAGGAGGUGGCUGUCGGGGUUGGGCUGUGGACCGCCCGGAGACCAAACCGGUCCUAGGAUGCACGAGUAUCGUAAUAACCCCGGGAGGGGGGAAAUAAAAAAAUAUCGUCUCGAUAAGUAUCCGACUAUCUCCGAGUAGACACCUAUAUAAUAGGUUCGAAAUAUCGUCGUUGAUCCCUGGACGAGCCCCUCGAAAAACGAGGAGACCCCGCCGAGAGGCUAAAAGAUAGCAUAUUAUAAUCGGACGGUUUGAAAAAUAAUUAAUGUCGUAAACCCAUCGCCGAAUCCGAUUUCUAAAUGUGCGCAACACGUGUUCGUGAAAUUAUUUUUAUUUUUUUUUUUUAGAUCGUCGUUGUCUGCGUAAAAACCACGUGAUAUUCUGCCAUCAGACAAUACUUGUAUUUAACACAGUAGCGUAUAAUAAUAUUUUAUUAUAAUCUAUGGGAGCGGGGAAGGAGACAGAGGAAAUACGGCACCUUUCGUUCGUAUAGGUUUUAAUAUGUUUUUUUUUUUUUUUUUUUUAAUUCCAAACGGAGCAAAUAAUAAUUAUUUAUCGCAGGUUUUAUAAUACUUAUAAUGAUUUCACGUGCGUGCGUUUUUUUCACCAUCGUUUUUUCGGCUAGUAAAACCAAAGACGAACUUCUUAACGAACAAGAUUAGGACUAGUUAAACAAACGUAAAAGCCGUCAUUCAAAUUUAACAAAACAUAAAUUGACAUACUAAAAAAAAUUAAAAUUAAAAUUAGUUUUUUAAAAAAUAUCAACUGUUCGAAACUUUAAGUAUAUUAGAUAGUUUUAUAAUUUUUUUCUACCUUUUUUAUAAUUUUAUUGUCAAUAUUAUUUAAUGAGAUACAGUAGUGUAACAUUCUAGUACAGUUUAAAAACUGUGGUGCAGAUAGAAUGGACAACUGGGAUAAUGGACAACAUAAAGUUGUCGUAGUUUUUUUGAAUGGAAAUUUAAUUACAAUUUGUGUAAUAUCAUCUUAUGCAAUAGAAUGCCCACCUUUGGUAAAAACUGUACCGAACCGUCUACACCUUUUGCGGCAGUAUUCUGUAUCACACCUAUUUGAAACAUUUUUCCAAAUAUUCAAUUUAGAAAAAAAAAAAUGAAAACUCGACAAUUUCGAACAGGUGGGAAACUGCAAUCCAACAUCACAUCCCGGAGUGGGAUUUAUAAUUUUUGGAUGUUAUUGAUUUCUAGGAAUUCCUUUGGUUGAUGGGGGAGUAUUGCACUACUAUAAUACGUACAAGAUAAUAAAUUGUGGAUUCGAUAGAUAUAUUUUUAGUGGGCAUUACCUUUUUCCACCAAAAAAGAUAUUGACCAAUAUCCACUCAGAGUCCGUGGACGCAUGAAAAAAUGUAUUAAAUUUGAUGUAGUUUAUAAUAUUUGCACAAUUAUUAAACAUUUACAACGUGAGUCAAAAAAUUAAAAACAACUGUUAUACAACUGAAAUACCUAUUUCAAAUGCUUACAUUGCAGGAACUAAAAGGAAAUAACGCAAAUAAAAUUAACAUUAACAAAAACAAAUCCUAUCGAGUCUAUAAAAAUCGUAAUCCGUCCGUUCAUCUGUAACGUUUUGUUGGUUUACCAUAGCAACCAAAGAUAAAAACACUAUAACCCGUCAUGUAUGACGAGCAUACAACUAGAUGGUAUACGAUAUAUUAUAUUGUAUACGAUUAACAUAAUUUUUUUGCGUUAGUGAAAGCACUCAGUAUUAAUAAAUAAUUUUUAUCACUGAAUUACAGAAUCAAUGAAUGUACCUAUAACCGAUGUUAUUUUAUAUGAUGUCUCCUUAGAUCAUAUUUUACUAUAUGAAUAUAGCUGCGUGUGUUAUACUUCGUAUACUCAACUGUGACCAAUACAACCCCUCCACUUACUGUCAUAAUUUCAGAUGCGUGCCAGGCUGUAAAAUACGCUAUUCGAGAGCCACAACCGAUAAAGUUAUCCUAAUUGAAAUUAUCAGGUUUGUAAACGAAAAUUUUGAUUUGACUUAUUACUUUACCCAAACUCAUUGAGAAGUCCAACCCGAAAUUAUGACAGUAAAUGAUAAGGUAUUUUGGACAAAACGAGCGGCUGAUGUAGCCAAUGGUUGUGCGAAAUUAUUAUUUUCCACAUGAAGCGACCUUUUUUUAACGACCGAUAACCACCUAAUAAUUUUGUUUUCUAAACAUGUAUUUUACAAAAAUUAAAUAAUUCAAUUUUUUUUUUUUAAACUAUUUAUUAAAUACUAUAAGUAUUAAAUACAUUACCAGUAUACUGAAAAAACAAAUUGGUUUAGUUACUUCCUUUAAGUAGAGCUUAAGUUGAAGGUAGCUAGUUAUUUUUUAAGCAGUUAUACAGUAUAUGAAAAUUACAAUGAUAUAAAUUAUAUAACAUUUAUAAUUUAGUUAUAAAAUAGUUAAUAAAGAUUUAUUUAAAUUAAUAUUAGUUUUUAAUCUAACACGUCUCUUAAAAUUAUUAUCUAGAUUAUUGAAAUAAGUAGAUGAUCGUAAAUAGUCCACAAAUUUCUGACCAAUACCUUUUUUUGAAUAAUUGACAUUUAGAUUGUAUCGUAUAGAUUCACAUUUACUUAAAAUCGGAUUAAAUUUAGAGUGAUUUUUUUAAAGUAAAUGAUAUAGAAUAUUUUGUAUGUAGUAAUUUUAAAGGAAGUACACCCAGUUAUUAUAGUUAUCAUUAGUAGACCCGAUUCGAACUGUUAAGGCAGAUACGAACAGCUAUAUUCUAUAAUGAAAUUAGUUGUUUUAGAGUUUUUUCGAAGAUACCAACUUAUAUAGUUAGGCCAUAUUGUAGGAUAGAUCGACCAAGUGCCAAAUAAACAAUUUUCAUAGUAUCUGGGGAGAGGAUUUUAUUCAAACACUAUAGCUUAUAGAUAAUAGUACGUAGGUGAAUAUUGAUAUUUUGAUUAGAAAAGUUCCUAUUCAAAUUACAGUGUAACAUUAAUCCUAAGUAACUUUUGUUACUAUCAAUAUUUUAAAAUAAUUAGAAUUAUUAGCUUUAUGAUUAUCAUUACAUAUUAUUAGUUGCUGAUUUAAUAACUGAGUACACUUAUAAAUGGAGAACGCAAUAAAAACAGAUUUUUCAUAAUUAAUAGUAAUCUUUUUUAAAUUAAGAUUUUGAAAGAAUCUAUUUAAUUCAGAUUAUGUUUUAUUAUACACCUGAUCCCAUGGAAUAUUAGUAAACAGUAAGCAGGUAUCAUUGGCAUAGGUAGCAAUAGAGCCAUUAAUAUUCAUGUUACAUAAAUUGUUAAUAUACAUAAUGAAUAGGACGCUGCCUUGUGGUAUACUACAGAUUCAUUACUCAUAUAGUCAUUUAAUGAAACAUAUUGAGUCCUAUUUUUAAGAUAGCUUGAAAACAAUUUAAGACUUUUGUUGGCGAUUCCAAAACCUGGCAAAGAAAUUAAAAUUUGUGUGUGGUCAACAGUGUCGAAGGCUUUAGCUUAAUCCAAAAAAACUAUAAUAGCCUUUUGACUGUCAUCAAAUGCACUAUAGAUACAUUUUGAUACUUUAUAGAGUGCAUCAACGGUUUCUAGACGUUUCCUAAAACCUAACUGGUUUUUUGAUAAUAUAUUAUUUUCCUCUAACAAUUUGAUUAAUUUGCAUUUUAUUAUUUUCUCUAAUACUUUAGCAAAAUUACAGAUUAUUGAACUAGGCCUAUAGUUUCCCAAAUAUUGUUUAUCACCUCUUUUGAAAAUGGAUUUAACAAUUGAUACUUUAUACUGAGUUGGAAAAAUACCUUCUUUUAAACUGUUAUUAUAAAUAGAAAUUAAUGGGUCAAUAAUAAGAGGUAAAAUGAUUUUAAUAAGCUUUACAGAUAUUUUGUCAAAUUCUGCUGCAGUGUCUUCUUUUUGAGAGGUAAACAAGUGAUAAACCUCUUCUUUGUCCACAUCUUUGGUAAAAAAAUAAUCAAAUUGAUUAUCAAUAGAUUCUGGUACUUCCAAAGUUUCUGUAUUAAAUUUUUUACUCAAAUUGUGCCCAACCUCAGAGAAAGACUCAUUAAAAUCAUAACAUGCUUUGAUUGGUUCAGUUUUACAAUCUAUCAGUUCUUCGUUUAUUUUUAAUAAUUUAAUAUUUUAUUUAUUUGUCAAAUUUUUACCGGUAUUUUCAUUUAGUAAUUUAAAAGAAUAUAUCUUUUAGCCAUAAUAUUUUUUUAUCGAUAAGAUUGGGUCUUAAGGGGGUAGCCACCCUAAUUUUUAAAUAAAAUGACUGCAUCAUAGAAUAUCCAUUCACACCGCCGCUGAACGUAGCUACAUUCGUACAGGUAAUAUACCUAUUACCUAAGGAUUUAUCGGACAUUAUAUGGCCGAAAGGAUUACGCUUUUUCUAUAUAGUGCAGCUAUACCAGCUGUACCAAUCGUUUUGGUGGAAGAGGGAGAGGUUAAUUUUUGUGAGAAAAGAACAAGGGUCAUGUUUGGUGGAAAAGGAAAAGGUGGUUAAUUUCGGUGGAAACUGGUCCUGCCUAGGUUUUAAAUGUUUUCGUGGACGCGUUUUCGUAUACAUUUUACGGUGACGCAUUUUUUUCACGAAAUUCUGACCCGUAUCUACGACAAACCGAUACGCAAUCCGGUAGUUCACAUGCACAUAACUGUCGUAUUUAUAUAGCAGACACACUGCAUGAACAUUAGUAUUGAAAGACGCCACCAUGAGACUCAGAGAUUCGAUAAUAUAAGAUUUCAUUGUUGUUCGCGAGAUGGUCCGUGAACUCGUCGCGUUUAUCGAUGAUGAGUACCUCUGGUAGGUAAAUAAAAAAAUAAUUAGCCGUGAUUUUUUUUCUAAUCCUUUUAUCACCAUCAUAAUAUAUUAUAUUGUUCGAAUUUGUUGAAGUGCGCACGUAACAUAAUCUUAGCAUUAUAAUAUUAUUUUAGCGAUUAAAUGAUUAUAUUGAAAAUAAUAUAAAAUCAUUGAGUUUGUAGGUAACUAUUAUUUAUUUAACAAUUUCAGUGCAAUUAUAUGCCUAAUUGAUAAGAAAUAUUUAAGUAACGAUAAAAAAAUUUGUUCAAAAUUAUAAAAUCCCUUCACACGACUCUCUGGAUCGACAUAACAGGAUAAUAUCAAUAUAAAAUUAUAACAAACUUUAAACAUCAAAACAGACAUACUUCGCACGAAUGGUGAGUCACUGUUAUAGGUGAGAUAUUUAAAAGGUAGAAGGGAAAUUGAAUGCAUAGUAGGCAACGAUUAAUCAUUGCUAAAAAAAACUAAUUUUGAGCGGAGUUCGGUUAUACAAAAAAAAGACUGUAAUAUUUACGAUUUGAAAAUAAUAAAUUUCGUAUAUUUUCCCGUUUUUCCGGUUUUUUUCCUUUAUCGGGUAUUUGCGUUUAAAAAGUCAAAGCCAUUAAAGGGGGUAUAGGGACUUUUAUACCUUACCUACCAUUUUCGCAUCACGCGUCGAAGCCUUCAGGACGUUUUUAAGCGCUUUUUUUUUUUUGUAUAUUUUCGAUCGCAUAAAGUCCCGUAAGAUCGGUACUAAUUCCUGUUUAUCAUCGAGUGUAUCGUUCUCGUAUAACAAUAAUAAUAAUAAUAAUAAUACAGAAUAGAAUGCCAAUAACCAACAGCGACGACGACGACGCACCUCCGUCCUUACUGUAAAACAACUGGGAACGCGCAGAGACGGCCCCGAGCGCGGUGUGCGUACCGCUUGGCAAGUACCGCACGGUGUUUUAACGAUUGUGCGCCGCCGGUGCCGGUAUUUGGUUUUCCGCGCACGGCGUUUCGGUGCCACCGGACGACGUGCGUUGGCCGAUAGACUACGGCGGACCCAUUGCGGUUGUGUAACGUAACGAUUCCCUUGUAAACAGAACGCCGGGAAGCGGACUUUUUUUUUUCUCUUUCAUGUUUUUUUUUUUCACGCCCGUUCCAAUUUGUCCACCCGAAAUCUCGGUCCGAUUUUCAAGUGUGUAGUAAAGGUGCCUGUAGCAACCUAUUCCAGUUUGGUCGGUAUAUAGAACGUUUUUUGCUGAUAUUUCGCGUGUUUUUCUCGAUAACCGCGGGCGAAACUAUUGUAUAGGGAAAAUUACGGAAAUUACGCGCGAUUCCGUUACGAUCGAUUCUGAGCACAACGAGACGAAUGUAUUGGUUUCACUAUAUGAGAUGUACGAUUGAUUUUUUUUUCUGUGUGUAAGUAAACAACUUUUCUAUCAGAAAUCAUGUUCUGAUUUUCGAGUGUAGUACUUUUUCUGAAAGGAAAUUUGACUGGGGUAAUAAGAAGGUAAUUUUUGAUUUUCCCAGGGGUUUUUAAACCCUGAAAAAACGGGAAAAUUUACGAAAUGUAUUAUUUUUAAAUCGUAAAUAUUAUGGCUUUUCAAAACAUGUACAACGGAACUCCGUUCAGAAUCGUUUUUCGUUAGCAACGGUUUAUCAUAGCGUACAGAUAUAAAUCAAAUUCCCCCCUAUGACUCACCUUCCCAACUGCUAACCUACAACAGUGGCCCACCCAUCGUGCGAAAUAUAUUUCCGUCUUUUUUUUUACGACGAUUAUAGUAUAAAUUAAUACGUUAUCAUUGUUUCACAUGUACGAGCUCUUCCGUGUUUUAUCGAAUUUAUCUAUGGAGUGCGAUAUAUUUUUUUCUUUGCAAUUACGACGAAUAUUUAAAUAUUUAAUGUAUAACAAUAAUAUUGUUACAUCCACAGACCAUAAAUCAACAUAUUGAUAAUAUUAUAUUAAAGAUAGGCUGUCGAUUGUUAUCGACGUUAUCGGGCGUGAGGAUUUAUGUAGGAACGGUUUCUAUAACAAUGUAUUAACCAUAGAACUAUAUCUUGGAAGUGACAGGUACCUACUGAUGCAGUUGAACUUGGGUACGUAGUUAUAAUAUGAGUUGGGCACGUAUAACUGUACAGUAAUUGGUAAUAAAAUAUCGUAUUUCAUGCUUAACUAUAUAUUAUUUUUUCACCAAGCAGUUAAAUAUAUGAUUUAUGAUAGUAUUGUUUUAUUUUUAUUUUUUUAUUUUUUACAAUUUUUUAGUCAGCAUCAGCAUUAAACAAUAUUUUGUACAUGAUCAUAAUCUAAUCAUCAGUAUUUAAUAUUGUUUAAACCGCCUAAUUUUUUUAGACCACAAUAUCAUAAUAUUUAUUUCUAAAUUUACAAUAAUAAUUGAUGAAUAUUAUAAUUAUAAUACUGUAAAAAACUUUGGAUUUUAUAUCAUUUUAGAUAUUAUUCUCAGUAGUGGUUAUAGCUACUUAUAAGAUGUGUUUUAUUAAAAUGUGCUAUUGGCUCGGAAAACACUUUUCUGGUCACUAAAAAUACUCCGAUUUUGUCAUUCCAUACUUCAACAUUUACACAUUAUUUGCCCAGAACCAGAAGUACUUUAUUUGAAACUAUUUUUCUAAAUGUCCAAUAGUUAUGAAUAAUCAUAUAAAUGUUUAAAAAAUAAACGAAUAACGGAAUAAUGAACAUUGAAUUUUAUUUCUGUCGAUUUUUGAAUUAUCUUGGCUACAAUCGAUAAAACCACGACUUAUUCUAUAACCUUGCCAGUUUAUGAAGUUAAAAUCAUAAUAAGAUAGGUUUUUUGAUUAUAACAGUUGAUAGAUGCUUUUCUUUUAAUAUCUUACUUCUCUAAAUGAACCUAAAUUUUUGAAUCGUCCUUAAAAUUGUAUACCUAUUUAUUUUUAGACCGUGUCUAUGGAAAUUAUAUACAAUUAAUAAAGUACACGAGAAUACGUGUCAAAUAAUAUUUACUGCUAAUAUGAUACAUUCAGUUAAAUGUUAAUUAUCAUCUAAAUAAUAACUUUAAUAGAACCAUAUGUAGUAAUGUCACAACAAAAUAAGGAUUAGGAUAUAUGAAGUUAACAUAUAUAAUAUACGGUUUAGAACAUCCAUAAUAAGUUAAAUAUAAUAAUUGUUGAAGAAUAAAUGCCAAAGGAUACUUAUACAUAAAAUGACUGAAAUAAACUGAGACUAAACACGUAGUAUAAUAAACGUAAAAAAAAAAAUUAAAACUUAAAAAUGUUUCAUGGACAAUAUAAUUUUUAAAGAUAAUUGCUAACAUUUUAACUUCCGACGUCAAACGAGCAUAAAUAAAAUAUGAAAUGUUUCCGUAAGUAUGUAACAGUACGAUUUAUUGAAUGAACUGAUAAGAGUUUUGAAAGCAGAUUUGUAUUUGUCGGAGUGUGUAUAAUUUAAGAUCAACGUUUUACGUUUUUAAUUUUAUCUUCUUUAAAAAAGUAAUCAUUUUUGUAAUUUCUCGUUUUUUUUAUAUAGAAUUAUUGUAAAAUAUUUAGAUAUUUAGAGUUUAUUUUUUUAUGAAUCCAAAAAUUAAAUCAUAUUAAAAAUUGGUAGAGGAAUUUUGAGGAGAACAAUCAUAUUUUCAAUUUGCAAUACAUUAAUAACAAUUGUGACGAAUUUCACGGACUGUUGCGCCGGGUUUCAGUUUUGACACGAUCCUUCGAGGUAAACUGUGAGUUGAGAGAUUAUCAAAAUAUAAAAUAUUAUAAAUAAAACGUUUGAAGUGAGUUUAUUUACAAGGGUUUAAAAGGGUUUUCGCUAAAUCUACUCGCCAAAUACCGAUAUUACAGUACCUAUUCAAAACGAAAAUCGACCUUAAUCUCACUAUAAUAAUUAUCUAUACCUAUAUCUAAUCUUUGCGAGAAAUCGCGAUUUUGUCCGCUUUACAUUCAAUACGAUUUUGAAUAGUAUAACAAACGACGUACGGUCUUUCGUUCUUAGAUGUCACACGACAAUAGGUAUGGAAAAUGAUUAUGCUAAUCGUCGUCGUUACCUUUGACAUAAUAUAGACUGUGUAGACAUUGAUUAUCUGCGGGGAAAAAACAUGUAUUACCAAUAAUAUACACGACAGUCGUGCGGUGCAAAUGGCAAAGCGAAUCGUCUGAUGCGUUUUUCGCGAAAAUAUUAUAUAUAUAUGUAUCCGCCGAAUUUGAAAAUGAAACAAAUUUCUAUAACCGCGACUCAAACGUAUCUCGUUUCUUUAAACGCGUGAUGCGACCGUAGUGAACGCGAUAAUAUAUCAUAUUAUUAUUCAUGUUAUUCAUGCCGUAUUGUGUUAAACACAAACGUAUAGGUGCAUGAGGUAAUAUUAUCAUUGUGAUCACCAUCCACUGAUUGACAACGGAUGUCGAAUUUAAAUCGCCGAUGUUAAUUAUAAUUAUAGAAGAUUUAGUUACGAAUAUCUAUAACGAUUUUGCAUAGAUAUUUUGCGAUUUUAAUCGGCUGUACAAAUCGAUUUUCAAUGUCACGUCGAGCCGACAUAAUAUUAUUAUAUUUUGUUUGCGUCGACGUUAACGAUGCUCAUUAAUUUACAAAAUUUUAAAAAAUGUCGCAAUGUUGUUGCUGUUUUUUUUUUUUUUAUUAAUUUACAUAAAUUAAAUCAAUGAUCGUCCUUUCGUGUUGUUCUGCAAUGUAAUAAUUAUAAUGUGUUUAUACUUUCGAAUAAAACCAUAACGCUAAAAUAUAAUGACCAUGACUUGGUAUACUCUCGGGGAGUUCUAAUUUUGCGGGUGUAUUUUUUUCCGUUGUCAAUAUUUGUAAUAUAUUAAAACGAUAAUUGUGCGUAUCCUUGGAAAUUACUUAUAAAAAAAACUUGUUUGAUGUAUAAUUUUAAAUCAAAAGGCCAGACGUCUAUGUCGCACAGUGACCCGUGGGUAGGCCACCGAUUUAGAUGUUCGGUAAGAAGGAGAAAUAAUUAUAGGAUAUUGUUCAAACGAAUAACGAUUCGAUUGGAACUCAAUCAAAUUGUUUACAUUUGUUUAUUAUUAUUAACAUCUUAUUUUUUUUUUUUUUUACCAAGGAAAACCGGAAGUCAAUUAAAAAAUAAUAAUAAUAUUAUAUUAUACACCUUUUGUUUUGCUGAUUUAAAUAUUUAUUUUAGAAAAAAUUACGCAUGGGAAUCAAGUAAAAUUGUUCAAAUGAUGUAUCGUCAGGCUGUUUUUGAAGCAUUUUUACUGAUCGAAAAAUUAUCGGUAUCUAUUAGUAAAACUAAUUCUUCAAAAUGAAUGGACUAUUAGUCGAAAAACUACGAAAGAUAUCUUUUAGUUCUAACAUAUUAUAUACAUCGUUAAUAAUCUGUACUCCACUUAAAUGUUUCAAUUCGACAAUUGUUUACUUAUUUAAUUAUCUAUUUAUGUGUAUUUACUUAUUUCUUCAGUUAUUUAUGCUUAUUUACGUUGAUCCGCAUUGUUAUCACUAUUGUAUUGAUUAAUUAUGCUUUUUCAUAAAUAUAUAUAUAUAUAUAUAUACAUGAUUUAGGCAGCCCGCUGAAUAAAUCUGAGUGGAGCAAGAAAUGUAUUGGUUUUAUCAUAAUGUUUAUUUUUUCUAUAGACAACUUAUCUAUCAGGAAUUUUUCCAAAAAAAAAUGGGGAAAAUUGAGAAAAAACAUAGGAAAACGGGAAAAUAGGUACAAUAUUAAACAAAUAUUAUUAAAGAAAAUAUAUAUAAUUAUUUUACCAUAAUAUAACUUACCUAUAUAUUAUUGACAAAGCAACUCUAUCAAUCGAACCCCGCCCAAAAUCAUUUUUUCGUUAGCAAUAGUUAAUUGUUGCAUACAGAUAUACAUUAAAUUUCCCUUCUACUAUACCUUCCUAACUUUUCACCUACAACGUGGCCCAUCCAGUACGUCCGUCUUUUUUAAAAUGAAGUCACUUCUCUCUCAUAAGUUUUUCAUUCCACACAAAAUUAAAAAAAUUCAUAAUAAAAAGUCGUAAUUUCAUAUUAAACGGUCUUCCAUUUUAUUAGAUUGUUAAAGAAAAUUCGUCCACUUGAACUUUUAUACGGUGACCGUUUAAUAUAUUGCAACGAAAAAUUGACCUAGUGAGCACAUAUUUGCUUUCUAGUUUCUACUAAACAAUAUAAUAUUAUUAUAUCGGUCGGUACCUACACAACACACUGUUACAUAUAAAAUCGGGGAACAGCGCCAGAAAGGGGCAAGACGGAGCCAACAUUUUGUUUUUUGUCACGCUACUACAAACUUGCACGUAUCUAACCGCAUGAAAAAAAAAUCGAUAGUUUCAAUGUUAUUACACCUGCGGGUAAUUCGUACAACUUGUUUUAAUUUUUAAAUCGAAUUCCGCAUUCGGAAGAUUAAAAAGGAUAGUACAAAAUAUGUAUAACACCUUUUUGCAUAUACAAUAUACACUUGUAAACAAUGUUUAACUACCUUAUCUAAUUAUUUUUUCAGUCAAACAUAAAAAAAAACAAAUAUUCCAUGGUUCAUAAUAGGUACAUAAACAAUCAUAUUAUAAUAAUAUUAUUAAUAAGUGAUUAAUAGUGAUAUAGGAGUUUUAUGACGUAGAUAUUAUUUGAUACGUAGAUUCGAGUUUGUACGUUUCGCGCACGUAAUAUUAUAUCAUUCGAUUCAUCUUAUUUAUAAAAAAAAAACAAACAAAAACAAAACAAAACCGUCGUGUUUGAUAAAUAUUAACGAUAGUUUAUGUUCGUAUAAAGUGAGUGUGCAUAUCAUUAUUCAAACUCAUCUUGCACACUCAUCUUACCAACCUGCAAUUUAAUUUUGUUUCAGGAAUCGCGCCGAUCAAUCCAUUUUUGCAGACUAUAGCCCGACAACGUGGAAUCCCCGUACUGUACAUCGGUGUAAUAUUUACGAUUUUGCCGAUUCUAAAUGUAAUCGUGAGACCGAUUACCGGGUAUCUUACCGAUCGGUACCGGUGUCGAAAACGGGUACUGCUGUGCGUGUCGUUAAUAAACGCGCUUUUCACUCCGCUCAUCCACUUUACGCCCAGAUUCGACCAAAAUGGCGAAACCGAAGACAUCUUGAAGUACUGGCAGUUUUGGAUGUUUUGGGGCACCGUCACCGUGAGAAUGAUGCUCUGGAUGAUCGGGGACGUUCUCCAAGACACUAUCUGCUUUGAAAUCUUGGGUAAUUCCGGCCUAAUGUGCUAAAUCUGCAUUCUACAGUCUAAAUAGCUGUUUAUGUCCCUUUUCGGUAGUUGUAAGCCGUUUAUCUGAAAAUAUUUUGGCCGAUUAGCACGUUUUAUAGGGUUUCCAAUGUUUGAAAGGACUAUAAAAAAAUCUCUUGUAUACGGUGACCUAUUUGAAUUUGGGAGUUCCUUUGUAAAUCGAAUAAUAUCUCUAUAUAAAUAACUAAUAUACUGCGAAGUCGCGCUUACAAGUUACGUGUCGAAACAAUAUAACAAUAUAAACUAUAAUCUCUGUGAAAUGCAAAUCAGUCUAGAAAAAAAAAACCGUAAAGUCUCAUCAAAUUAGAAAUAUAAUAGGUAAGUAAAAUAGUCGAACUCGACAAAAUGAAGUACGUGCCAACCGCGAAUAAUUAACGGUUACAUACGUCAUCAAAAAAAUAAAUAAAUAAAAAAAAGGACAAGAGUAAAAAUAUUAUUAUUAAGACUCGAAAGUAGUUAGUGUUGUACUAGAGAAGUUUUUUAUUUUCUAACGUAUAAUAGUAUGAUUUAUUACAAAGUACCGAGUAAGCUAGUUUUAAAUCCGUGUCAUAAAUAAUGGCGAAAUACGAAUAAAAGGAAUAAACGAACCACAUAUAGGUAUAUAGUGACUACCAAUACAUCAAAUAUAUCUGAGUAUCGGCCAUCGCGUAUCCGGAGAAGUCGUACGCGACCUCUUGCGAGUAUAUCGCAAGAAUAUCCGACCUGCAGUGCUCACCGAAACCGAAAUUUCACCCUGCCAACGGGAACCGCCAGUGUAGUUCUUGGCCGGUACAUUUACAAUAAUACUCUAAUCUAAAAAUUGUUUUAUUUUUUAAAUUUUUAUAUGUAUAAAACGCAAAAUAAUAAUGUAUAGUUAUGAUGCAGGUGAGGACAAAAAAAACUACGGAAGAAACCGGGUCUGGGGAGCGAUCGGUUGGGGUAUUUCGACGUUUUUAGUCGGCGGAUGCGUCGAUUGGUACAGUAUGGGUAAAAAAGAAAAAGAUUACUUGCCGGCGUACUUUAUCGCGAUGGCGUCUCUACUUUGUCAUUUUACAUUGGCGUUUCAACUGAACGUAAGUAUCUGCAGUUUGCAUCGAAAAAAUUGUUGUAUUGUUAUUAAAAUAUUCGUAUUUUUUUUUCCAGAGCAACCAAACAACUUCGCCGAAAAUUAUGUUUAAAGACAUCAAGAUGAUAUUGUCUAACGUCAAAGUCUGCUCGUACCUUGUGUGGGCAAUUUUUGCUGGUAUUUUCACUGCAUACAUCUGGUUUUAUUUAUUUUUGUAAACAUACUUUUUUUCUCGAUAUUUUAUUAUUACGCAACGCGCUAUCAACUAAACUAACAAAUUGUUAUUUAAAUAUUGUUUUGUUCGUUCCUGCUGCAAUAUUAUAUAGGUACAUAGACGACUUGGCAAAAAUUUACCAUCAGGAACGUUUACCGUGGAUCAAGACCAUUCAAGGUUUUGCAGUAACAAUAGAAUGUUGCAUAAGCGAAAUUCCCAUUUAUUUUCUUUCUGGUAAGUGAAACAAACAUUACAUACCGAUACAUCGUUUGUCAAUGUGUUUACGAAAACAUAUUACAAAAAUACGUUACAUGAAUAAUACACAAGAAAAAAUAUAUGAUUAUGUAUACAUAAUGCUCGAAACAUAUUUUGUAUAAUCUGAGAUAAUAUUGUAUUAAUAUAUAGUGUGAUCAAUUCUCGAUAAUACCUAUCUCGGAAAUUUUUUUUCUUUUUUGAAUAACUAUGAAACAAGUAGUUAUAAAAUACUACUUUAUCAUUAUUUUUUUGGCAUUCUUAUGAAUGGGAUUGAAAUCACUACCCGCUAUUGAUUUGCAACACCAAAAUUUAUUUUAGCUAAAAUUUUAUCUAUUUACGAAAUUCCUAAUAUAAGUUGUAAUUUGAAAAUGGUUACUGAUUUCCCCUUAAAAAUAGGGGUAAAAAAAAUAACGACAGCUGAACAUUUUAGAGUUACUUGUUUCAUAAGUUGUGCGAAAAAUAGUAAAUACUUUCCGAGAUAUUAUCGUAGAUUGAUCAUUCUGUAAGUUUAUUAUUCCACGUUGACGAAUACAAUUAAAGCCACCACGUUAUUCUUAUUUUCAUAAAAUAUUUAAAAAUUAAAUGUGUUUUUGAAAGUCCCCGCAAAAAUUAAUUAUAGUAUUGGUUAUAAGUUUGUUACUAUUAAUUAUAUGUAUGGAAAAAACACCCGUGAUCAGCAGAGCUUUGUCGAAUUUUCUUACAGACUUAUUGUCACUAUUACAAUAUUUUAUUAUUAUUAUUUUUUUUUUAUAUGUACAUUAUAUAAUUGAUCUCAAAUAUUUAUGGUUGCCAGAGUUGAAUUGAAUUUUAAUCUGCAUAAGUAUUUAAAAUUGUCAGUAUUUCAACCUACCCUAAUCUAAUAUACAGCUUGAGCAUGUAAAUGGUUGGUGAGGGGGUUGAAAGUUGAAAUUACUUAAGGCACAUCCUUGAUAUUUGCACUAUGCAUAAACAAAAUUGUUUCCUCCUUGCUUUAUUUAGAGAAUCUGUAAGUAAAGUAUAAAAAAAACCCUCCUCCAACCAAAACAUGGUGAAAUUCAACCAAAAUGUUAUCACUGCAAUUUGCCUAUAAAAAACUUCAACUCCCGAUUUUGAGCUUAUUUUGUCCUGUAAAAACGGCUAAAAAUGUCCAAAAGUAAUAAAAAAUUUACUACACAGUGCAAUAGUCUCUUUUUUCUAAGAAUAUUCGACAAAAACACUACGCACGAUUGUAGUAGCCAUGUUCUAAUACUCUAAUAUACUUAUUGUUAGAUGUAAGAAAUGUUGUUUUAAACACGUCAUAGUAUUAUGUGUUAAAAAAAAAAAAACAAAUUGAGUGUCUCUCAUAUCCACGUGUGUAUUUAAGAUAUGCCCCUGAAUUCAACACUUUAAUAAAUUAUCGCUCCUUUAAAUUGGUUCGAUUGAAAAAUACAAACGAGAUUUAAACGCCGCCGCCCGUAUUAUACAAUGACGGUCAUAUCAUAAUAAAUUAUGAGCAUCCUCUUCAAUUGAAAAGUGUUUAACUACAAUAAAAAAAAAAUAUAAAAACCGUAUUAUAUUGGUAAAACGAUAAUGAUUUGAUUUUUUCCCCCUAUAAUAAAUUCGUUAAGAUAAUAAAGACAUAUUAUUAAAAGAAAUAUCAUUAACUAUACGACAAAAAAAAUAAAAAAAGUUUUAGUCAAAUGUAAUAUCGGGUCGAACUAAAUCAUAUACGUAACAUUGGGAUAUGGAAAUUAAUAGUAAAUUAUGAAUACAGUACUAUUGUAGUGCGUUAUUACUAUAAUGUUGCGAAGAAUUGGAUAAUGUCAAACUUUCGUUCAGUAAAUUCAAUUUCGUGAUUUUUAUUUUAAUAUUAAAACAAAUUAGAUUAUUAACAAAUUUUAAAGUAAGAACAUUAUCUAUCUUUGUACGUUGAUUUUUUUUUCAAUAUUUAAAUUUCCAAGUGAGUUACAAAGAUUUUUAAACGGUAAUAUUUCAUAUAUGCUAAUCUAUCGCUUAAAAAUUAAAAUAUCGAAAAGUAAUCAACAUAUAAAAACAGCUAAUACUCUUACCGUUAUGUUUGAUAUUAGAAAUUCACUCUAAUAUUAUAAUCAACAGCACAAUAUUGGAUUUACUGAAGGAAUAGUCUGACAUUAUCCUAUUGUCAACAUUAGGCGUAACAGUACAAUUAACAACAAACUAUACAAUAUUGUAAUAUAUUUAUUUAUAAUUCAUACGGACAAAAUCCAAUUUACAAUAUAGUAAUAAUUAUAACAGUAAUAAACUAAUAACAUUACAUUACCUAACAAUGAAUAAACUUCCCUAUCAAUACAACAAAUUGUAGGUACCUACAAUAUUGUUUUUUUUUAUUUUUUAGACAAAUAAAGUUCUAUAAUUAAAAAUGUUAUUAUUUUCGUAAUUAUUUAAAUAUUCAGUAUAUAGUGAUACAGGAAAAAUAUCGAAAUUUAAGUAAAUCUAAUUUCGUUAAUCGGUCAAAAUAAAUUGUCCGGAUUUAUUGAUUUUGAAGCCAUUACUGUCGCAUAAGUACUAUGGUGAUUACAUUUUUCGCUUCCAUUAUGUAAAAUAAUAACGAAAUAGCAGUGUUUGGAAUGUUCACCUUGUUCACUUGUAUUCUCCCCAUUUAAGUAAAUCCCGUCUCAAACUUCGACUGCACUGUUCAAAAACGCCUGCCUUGUCGUUGCCAGUCCAUAUUAUCUUAGUUCGUGAUUGUAAUCCAAUAGCAUUGAUAUUGUCAUGACUUUUUUUUUUUUGUUAUCAAAUUAACGUAAAAUUAAUAAAAUAAGUUGUUCACGUUCACGUAAAAUUGAACGCAUUCUUUCCAAACACUACGAAAUAAUCAGAUACUUAUUGCAUUGUUUUCUUGUCAAAUAAAAUAUACCUUAUUUGGUUUCUUCCAAAAAAAAAAAACAAAAAAACCAUCAACUUUUAAUAAGUCAUAAAUGCAAAGAUUUAUACAAAUUAUAAUAAUGAUCACGAAUAGGUAUUAGGUUUUAUAAAUGAUUAUAAAAAGUUGAAAAGUUAUCGCAUAUUAUUUUGUUAACGCAAAGAUCCAAACAUUUACCAAUUCAUACGAAAUUCAAAUCUCAUCACCAGAACGGCAAUUUUCGCAUAACGUUUCUCAUUUUUAAUUAGUCCGCCAUUUUUACUUCUAAUAUAUACAUUAUAGACACAUCAAAAUAUUAUUAUAUUAUAAGUAUUUUCAUGCAAAUUUCGAAAUGUAGUAUUUUAUUAAAGUCUACAAAAAAAAAAAAAAAAAUGAAAAAAUUGUCUGGGAAAAAAUAAAACGAAAAAAAAAAAUAACAAUAAAAACAAAUUACAAUUAUUUCACAAGUGGAUAAAAAUCUAGGUAAUAAACUUAGGUACUAUUAUAAUUAUUAUUUAUUAUUUUUUUUUUUUAUUCAAACCUCACUACUUAUGAUGCAGUUAUUAAUUAUUAUACGUGUACGAAAUUCUGAAGUUAUAUAAAGUAUAGUAUUUGUUUUUUAAAUCCUUUCGUUCAUAAAUCCGUUAUAAUACCCAAGAUUAAUAUAGAAUCAAACGAUUUCUAUGAAAAGUGUGUUGUUUUGAUUUAGAUUUGUUUUUUUAUAAAAUUAUCUGUUCUAAACACAACAUUACUAUCCUCGUGUUUGGAAUAUUAUUUUAAUGAUUUCAAUUAAACAUGUCUGCACGGUUUGCGUGUUUAUUGUCGAGAUAAUUAUUAUAAUUCUAUACAACAUGGUUUUUCACGAGCUUCCGGACCUUGUUGAUAAUAACAAAUAGAUUACAGUACAACCAUACCUAUACGUACAUUUCAGAUAAUAUACAUGUGAACUCAGAUUGUACGCAUAUUAUUAUAAAAUCCUACUCAUAAUCGCAUCCCUAUAUCGCGUAAAUAUUUACCAUAUUGUAAUAUAAUAUUUAUUUUUCUAUUGGUCAGUAUUUAUAUUUACAUAUUAACGGUAAUAGGAGGGGGAGGUGGCCGUCACGCAGUUGAGUUAUGGUCUCUGUCAUUUUAUAAUGGUCACGAUAUCGUAUUUUCUCGUAAAACAAAAACGAAAAUGCCUUUGAAGAACGCUUAUUUUCGUUUUACAUAUUCCCCAAGUUAUAUUCAACUCGUUAUAUCAUAUCGAUCGUACAAAAAAAAAAACAAAAAACAAAAUAAAAAACGCCAAUAAUGAGGCUGCGAAAAUAUAAUAAUUAUGUCAUCUACGAAUUUCGUCUUUAAAACCGAUUUUAAAAGUCUUUUCUUUUGUUGUUUUACGUGAACACAUGUUUGCUAUAUAGACUGCCCAUUAAUAUAGCACAGAUAGGUACAGAAAAUUGGCCUGUGACGGCUGUUUAACAGAUGUUUAAUUCAUUAAUUAAGAAAAUCGAAUAAUACAUGAUAAUGAUAAUUAAUCCAUUAUUGAUACUUAUUAUAAUAAUAUAUGCAUCAAUAAGUGUCUAUUAGCAUUAAAUAGCGACUAAAUUAGUUUUUUUUUUUUAAUUGUUUUUAUUAUUAUUAUUAUUCGAUUAUCAUAGACACAUUAAAUUUACACGCAUACGAUGUGAUAUGACGGCCUAUCGAGUAUGCAAUCGUAACAUCGCAGAGUUUAACGCAUUCUCAAAUAAAACAUCGUCCCACGGUUUAUAUAAAUGUAUGUAUUAUAUCAUUACAUUAUUACAAUAUCGCACUAAUAAUGGUGCCCGUUGCCACGCCGACGAUUCGUAAUAUUUCUGUUUAUUGUGACGAAAACGGUUCCGAGAAACACUGAUAUAAUACCAAAACUCUACAGCAGUCGUUGCAAUAACGCUACUACGAUCACACGAAGUUACAGAACGUACACGAGUAGAUUGUAUACUGUAGAACAAAACUGAAAAAAAAAAAAAAUAUAUGUAAUUUCAAAUAUUUAAAUACUAUAACUACUGAGAAUAUAAUAUACCGCGUGGAUAUACGAUAAAAUAAUUCGUAAACGCUUAUCGUAAAAAUAAUAAAGGUACUUAAAUAUUCGAAUAUGUACAUCGUUUGGUUUCCGAUAAAUUUAGGGCCCGGUUUUCAACGCGAAACGCCAACAUUUUCCGGAGAGCGACCUAAGACGUUGGUUCCCGAGUACACAAUUUAGAUUUUAAGUGCGCAUUAUAUUCACGUGUAUUAUACGAAUUCAACAGUUUACAUUUAGGUAGUUUCUCCUGUAAUGUUGUUUCAAUGAAAACGGCUUUAGUAAGUUUUGAGUACUCUUCAUCAAUACAGACAGUCAAUUAUUCUAUUUACGAUUUCGUUAACGAAAUUACCUUAUUAUCUUUAUUAACGGAUGUGGCGCGCAUGUGAACAAACAAAUCAAACAAUACAUAUUUGUUAUUGUUAUUAUGUAGGUACGACUUUUAUUUUAGAUUUUUUUCCGUUUUUUUCAUUUUUAGAGUAGUUUUUACCAUUUUCGGGCGAUUUUUUUAGAACAUGUUCUACAGUUUUUUUUUCUGUUUGGUAUUUAUAAACUCGAGUCUUAAUUGUAGUAAUACGAGGACAAAUUGUUAUUAUUUUAUCCCACAUUAUCAGCAAAAUAUUUAUAUUGAAAUUUUUAUACUGUUUGGGUUAUAUUGUACGAGUAUAUAUAGCUAAUAUUAGGUACACAUAUUAUAUAUAUAUAUUUAUAAGUAUACGGUUUUUGUUAAAGAAUGUACAGAUUUUGAUUUUCAGACAUGAAAUUUUCAUCAAAAACUAAUAUAUUAGGUAGCAUUUUAUAAAUGGGAUAAUACAGUUUUCAAAAUAUUUUAGAAUUUUUGAGUUAUUUGGUUUUUUGAUUAUGUGGAUAACAUUUUUCUUCUUUUUUUGGCUUCCCAAAAAUGCUCGAAAAAUGUAGGUUCCACACAAGUAUUAUAAUUAGCAGUAAAACAAACAAAAAUUUGAUCGUAAUAUCAUAUUGAUGUAUUGUUAUAAAUAUAUUAUUAGCGUUUUGGUUCAAAUUUGUAAUAAAAUUCAAGAAAAAUACAAAACAAUAUUGUAAUUUAUGUAUUUUAUUACACACACAAAUAGUAAUAUUCAAUUUUAAAUUUAAAUUUAAAAAUAGACGUAAGAUGUUAUGUAAACACGUAGAUACUAUGUAAUAAUUAUUAUAAUUCAUAUUUGUAUAUAGGGUACAUAUUGAAAUACACUGGACAUAUGACCGCCUUCUCCAUAUCGUUCGCGAUGUUUUCGUUGAGAUUUUUCCUAUACUCCAUCAUCGAAGACCCGUUGUGGGUAUUGCCCGUCGAAAUGACCAACGGUUUGUCGUUUGCCAUGGCCUUUAUAGCCGGCGUUUCGUAUGCAGCCGAAGUAGCGCCGGCCGGCAGUGAAGGCACCCUCCAGGGACUAUUCGGCAUGGCUUUCCACGGAAUAGGUGAGCAGCAUAUUAUUAAAUAAUAUUCUAAAUUUUAUUGCCAGCUGAAUAAAAUGUACAACACAUUCAGAUGUUAUAUAAAAAACAACGGAAUUGAUCCCGGGGUCGAAAAUAAAAAUAAAAAUACGAAUUUGUUCCCGAUAAAAAUUACAUAGCAUCAUAAAACUAUUCGAAUUUGUUCCCGUACCUAAACUUAAGAACAACAAGUUCAAUCAGUUUUACUUAUGCAGGAAAAUGUAUAUUGUUUUUGUAUCAUCAAAACUUUAUAACAAACUUGUUAAGAAAUCAAAAUUCGUAUUCAAAAUUAAAGUCCGUCAAAUUCGAAUCCUAUAGUAUUGUCUAGUUUUUCGGUCUAAAUACCGUUUUUUUCUCAACGGCUGCUACCAUCUUGAUUACGGAUUUCUAGUAUAGACUUUCUAGGUUAUUGUAUUUUUUUAUUUACAAUAAACGCUAGGCAGCAAUUAUAGAAAUGGAUACAAACAACAAAAAUAUAAGUAUAAACAAAUUUAACAGUUUAUAUCUUAAAAAUAAAACUAAAAACUAAAAUCAAACGGUACAAUUUUGAAACUAUAAUAAAAAAAUAAAAAAUAAAAUGAGGAAUCUAUGUUUGCGGUGAAGUGUAUGGUUAUGGCUGUAAGAGGUGGUGUGAUUGGAGAUAGAAAAAGCAAUCGAAUUGCAGGUAGGAUAAUAACGAAUUCUAAAUUGAAAUUUUUCAAGGAGGUUAGUACCAUCCAAAGAACCAUUUAAAAGGAACUUAAUAAAACGUUGGUCAGCUUCGAAUCGACGCGAGAAAUUGGAUGUGGAGAGCUGCUUGGAUAGGUUAAUAGUUGUGAUGAGUGACUGGAGAAUUGAAAAUGAAAGUAACGUAAUAUGCUAAAAAUCUGUUCUGAACACGUUCGAUGCGAAACUGGUCUUUUGCCAGGUAAGGGUGCGAAACAAUCACUCCAUAUUCUAGGAAGAGUCUGAUAAUCAAAAUGCAUAAAGAACAGAGACAGUGAACAAGCAGUGUUGAAUUCAGAUAUAUGUCAGGGAGGGUGAUAGCCCCCCCCUGGAAUUUUGUUUGCCUCCAGUUAAACAUAGGUAAAUUAGUAAUUAAAUAAAUAAUUUUAAAAAAAUGAUUGAUCUUAGUAAAAGGGUAGAUAGGCAAAAAAGAAGGUGACUACCUAAUAUAGUUUUAGUAAUCUCCCCUCUAGAAAAAUUGUCCGGGUUCAACACUGUGGACAAAUUUGAAACUUUUAGUAUUGUACCUGAUGAAAACUAGGAUUUUCAACGCCGUGUUUACGGUAAAGUUUGUGUGAUGAUCAAAGGAGUCUAAAAGAAGAGUAUUAUAUUAGGUCUGUGGAAAAUGAAAAGGAAAUAGGUUUAAGUUUCUAAUUCUGUUUUAUUAUUAAAACGGCAGUUAAUCGGAACCAGUUUGUAUAUAACCUGUAUAAUAGACCCGGGACCCAAUUCGAUAAUUGGGAAUCAACUCAUUGACGUGCUGCAUCUGUUUUUCAGUAACAGUUUUAUAAAAUGUGUUUUUUUUUACCGUAUUUCAGGUAUAUCGUUCGGUUCGUUCAGCGCGGGUUACUCGUUCGAAAAAGUGGGCAGCAAAAAUGCAUUCGGACUGUUGAGUUACGUGGCGUUUUUCACCUGUUUAGUUCAGAUCUCCAUUAACAAAUUAAUAAACAUGAGAAAAAAAUAAAACUGUGUAUACGUUUUCUAAAAAUGUUCUUAAACACGUGAAUUCGCAGGAAGAUGUUGAUUUUGUGUAUUAAAAAAAAAAAAAAAAAAAAAAAAAAAAAAACAAACAAACAUUAUUACUGAAUAAUGUUUAAUAAAAUAACGAUAAUAUUGCUUGUUUUAUAUUAUAAAACCGAUAUAAUGUGUCAUAUGUUAUGUAGAUAGAUACUUUUACUAUGUACAUAAUUUACUAUUCUCUUUAGUUCUAUAAUAUAGGUAUAUAUAAUAUGAAACGAGCCAUGUAAAACUAGAAUUUAUUUUCGAAUUCCAAAAAAAAAAUGUGUACUGUGAUAUAUUACUAUGUUAUUAUUAUUACUUGUGUGUUAUCGAAUGAAACUGAUAAAAUAAAAUAAUUAUUAUUAUUAUUAUUAUUAUUAUUAUUGUUAUAUUAUUUAAAUAUAAUACCAGCAUACCUUAAAGCAUAGAUAGUUUUUUUUUUUUCAAAUAGAUAUAUCUUUGGUUCCGGGGAAUAAUGUUAAGACUUAAGUUUAAUUAUAUAGCAUUUUUUUUUUUCAAUACAAUUUUGUCAUAUGUUUUUUUUCCAUUUAUUUUUUUAUUGUAAAUUGGAUUAAUAUGUAUGGAUUUUCAUAAUAAUAGCAUGUAAUAAAUUUAGUGUAUUACUUUAUAAUAUGCUUAAGUGUAUGUAUUUUAAAAAUUUUAUUUGCUUACAUUGAAAGUCAUGCGAAUAUUGACUCGAGCUCUUCUUCCCUGGAACUAAAGAUUUUACCCAUAAAUUAAAAAAAUC